AUGUGUGCCUUCUGUGGCGUCCUCCAUGCUGGUCAAGUAUUCGCCUACACCUCCCAGAAGAUCUUGCGUUCGAGGAGCGUGCUUGCAACCGCGGGGGGCAUUGGGAUUGAUAGGGAUGUUUCCAUCAUGGCGGCAUCCAUUUCAGGUUAUACUUUUAGUUCUGUGUGUUAUCACAGCGCCAACAGCAACUCAGAUCAUGAGGGCUUCCUAUUAGGAGAGGUGAGGCAAGAAGAGACUGUCAGCAUCAGUGACACACAGAUCAGCAGUGCAGAAUUGCUCCAGGUAGUAGAAAUCCACAACCAUGAUCCUUGUGCACAGUUGUUUAGCUUUUAUGACUACGCAGGCAAAGUCAGUGAAGAGAAUCUCAACAGCAUUCUUAAAGAUAGGCGGAAAAACGUCAUUGGUUGGUACCGGUUCCGGAGGAACACGCAGCAGCAGAUGUCGUUCAGGGAACAGAUCAUCCACAAACAGCUGACUCAGCUGCUUGGUGUGCCCGACCUCGUCUUCCUUCUUUUCAGCUUCAUCUCCACCGCCAACAGCUCCACACACGCACUGGAAUAUGUGCUCUUCAGACCGAACCGCAGUAGGUACAACCAGAGGAUCACCCUCACAAUCCCAAACCUUGGCAACACAAGCCAGCAGGAAUACAAAGUCUCCUCAGUGCCCAACACCUCACUCAACUACGCCAAGGUCAUCAAAGAGCAUGGGGCUGAAUUCUUUGACAAAGAUGGUGUGAUGAAGGAUAUCCGAACAAUAUUCCAAGUCUACAGUGCACUACAAGACAAAGUGCAGGCCGUGUGUGGGGAGGUAGAACAAAGUGAACGUGUGAAGGAGAAAAUUCAAGAGGAUGUAAACAAACUUAAACAAGAAAUUUCUCUCAGGAAACGCAAGACGGCAGAAGAGGAGAGGAGGCUCCGUGAGGCCCAAACUGCAGAUUCCCAUUCCACUCCAGAGGAGACCACAGAACCUUCUGAGGCUUCCCUUCUGUCCAGGAUAACCUUCCACACACCCUCUGCCCCGGAGCGGCCCAGUACCUCACCUAACCCACCAUCUUAUGCUGACCUCUUGACCCAGGAUGACUCUCUGCCCUCCUCUUCGUCCCCACCUACCAGUGCUGCUCUACUGCCCCGGCCCCAAGCUGUGGGCUCUCCAGGACACCCUACCCCUGGCCCAGUGGGGAUGGGCCUUGGCCUCGGGUUGGGCUUAGGCCUCAGCGCCAGCUCCAAUCCUGUUACCACUCCCAGCACCCCGUACCUUGGCAAUGGUGACGGAUCGAGCUCUGACUCGUUAGAUAGACAAGCAGCAGGGCAGGAAGAUGAUGAAGACGAUGAGGAUGAUGAGGAUGACGAAGACAGUAGCGAAUAUGAGAACUUAGUGAGUGAAGCCGCUCACCUGCCAAUGGUCACAGCCAGCGUUUUAGCUCAAGGCCGACCAGCUGCCCUCAGUCCUGAUGGGGACGCUCGUGGCUCUCAGGCCACAUAGAAACAUGUGACAGGGUGUGUAAGGGACACACAUAAGUGACGCACCUUGAGUGGUGGGCAUCUCAAGCAAUCAAAGAGAGACAAAUAUAGACAAAGAAGUGCCAGUCCUGAAAGUGAAAGGCAUGCGCAGGUGGUGUCCCGCUGUGUGUAUUUCUUCUUGUCUUAGUCUGAUCUCCAUUUUAUGGGGAACCUUGCUAGGCUUUGCAGGUGUGUCUCACUGGGGGAAAAAGUUGUCUGUUUUCUGUUUUUCUUUUUGGAAUGGGAUUGGUCUCGGUCCUUCGGUGUGGAUGUGUCCGGUUUCAGGGUCAGAAGUGGAUAUUACAACAGUGUAUGCCAACUGGUUGGCAAGCCGGCUCCCUAAAAGACAGGCCCACUCUUUCUCUAUCUUUUUGCUUCACAUUUGCAUCAGCAACUCUGAGCACCCACUCUUGCAUUACCUCUUGCACUAUUUUUUUGCCAUCUUUUAAACAAACCAUGUAAGAAGAGCAAAGGGAAAAUGUUCUGCGGCCUUCAAACUAUUUUUUAAAAGUAGGCAAAUGGUUGACUUUUUUUUUUUUUAAUUUGAAAAAAGAAAUAUAUAUGUAACUACACAUUUCUCUCAUUGAUUUUGGACUUAUUACAUGUUGUUUUUCUUGUUUCACAGUUUUUAAUCAUACAGUUGCCUAUUUAAAUGAUGAAGAAUAGAUUCCAAACUAAAUUUACUCUGCCACUUCUAUAAUGGGUGCUUUAUUUAUAUAUAUGUAUAUGUAUAUGUGUAUAUAUAUAUGUAUAUGUGUAUAUAUAUAUAUAUAUAUAUAUAUAUUAUAUAUAUAUAUAUAUAUAUAUAUAUAUAUAUUGUCAGAUUGACAGUUAAUCUAAUUUGAUUGACAAGAAUGUCAAUGUCAAGUUCUUCUUGGAUAACACUGAAAUUGUAUGCGCUUUGCUGCACUUAACAAAAUUUAAGAUUUCUUUAUUAUUGUGCUAUACCAAUGCUGUCAUGUUGUGCCACUUGAGUCAGUCCUCUUUGACCACCCUGAGCCAAACUCGGCUCAGCUUUUGUGCGUUGUACAGGGUUUCACAGGGCAAACAAAAUGUACUGUAGCUUUACUAACCAGAUGCUUAAGGUUUCAUUCUGCUGCUGCUGCAACACAGAGCGCUACCACUAAAAAAAACUGCAUCUGUCUGUUCUCCUUCAUAUAAAAACCUGGCUGCUACUUCCACUUCACAGUGCUGGUUGUCUAAUACUACUGACCGUGAUCAUAUAACCACUUCAAGCACACUUCUCACUGACUUAUUCUCUAUUAAAGUCAUAGCGGAAGGCUGAUACCCCCUGUAGUGUGUGAAUUGUUACCUUGGGAACAGCGAGUGAGCGAUCACCUUCCUGUCUCAGCAUAGUUGACAGCAGACUUCUUGUAUUCUGACCUGGUUGGGUCAGUGUAAUGUGUAUGGACCUGGAUAAUGUGAUGAAAACAUGACCUUGCUUCAGUAUACAGUGCCUUCCACUCAGGGCAGUUUCAAUCUGCACACAGAACACAUUUACAGAUCUCUCUUGAGGGGUAAAAUUAUAACAAACUGUGUUGUGUUUGCAAUAAUUGACUUCCAGCUUUUUUUUUUUUUUUUUUUAAAUCCUGCAGUUAUAUGCCUUCUUCCAUUUCCUUUCUAUGAUGUUGUGUUUUGUCUACCUGAAACAAUCGUCACUGCUUCCCAAAGCUGUUCUCCCUUUUUGAUUUUACUGACGGCUUCAAAUUGGACCUGUAUCUCAUGGUUGCAGCUGUGAUUUUGCUCGCUUUAUCAUUUGAAACUGGAAUUAUAACUGUCAAGUCAGAGGGAAUCUGUUUAGUGACCGAACACCCUGCAAGGCAGAGUUGGUAUGAUGAGCAUAACUGACAUGCAGAUGACUUUCUCUUUUCUUUUUUUUUCUUCCAACAUUUGGCCCCUUUGAAGACAACUGAGGUAUGGAUUGAUUGGGUGCUGGAUGUAAAACACCCUCCUUGCAUGAACUGGUCAGUUCUAGACACCAUUAUAUUCAGCAUGGACAGACGAUUGCACUGCACAUGGAGGGCGUCCAACUUCGUGAUCAGCAGGUUGCACUCAGUUUGGACAUGAAGACGUUUUGUGGUGGGAGAGGCUUUGCCUUGUGAACAAGCUCCGCUUUCUUUACACAGCCUGUUUGUACAUCAUGUUUUUUGCCUUAGGGUCAUAUAAUUUGCUCUGGUGUGUAAUGCUAAUGCAUCACUGAUCGGGAACUGGCACUCAAAAUCUUACUUAAUAAUCACCCAGAUCAACGCAAUCACACAAUGUUAAAAGACAUGACAAAAUCAAUUUGCUAGGAGUAUGGUUUCCUUUGAGUACUGGAAUAUAAUAAGGAAAUAGAUAAUGAAUGUAUAGUAGACAAGGGAGGGGUAGUAUUUAAACAGCACUUACUGUAUAAGCUUGUUUCAGUUGAGUGUUGUGGUAUAGAGCAGCAGUUCUCAGUGUUGGUCCUCACUCUUAAUCCUGGUCCUCAGGCCCUAGAUAAUUGCUUUUUAAGUCUUACUUUCUGGAAAUUUCAGGUGUAACCUUGAUUUGAGGGCCAGAACGAAAACCAGCAGGGCUCUGGGGUUGAGGACCAGUGGUAUAAAGUGUGAGAGGACUACCAUUGUUAGGAUCCUAUACCUAUAAAGUUCCAACAUAAUACAAAUAUACACUCAUGUACUCUUACUGUAUGGGGUGACCCUUCCCUUCCUUCCCCACGUGGGCCAUUGCAACAUCAACACCUCCCUGAAGCACAAAGUCCAGUGCACAGCUUAGAUCUUCUCAGCUUUUAUCUGGAUUUGUGUACUUGAUGAAAGUAGACAAAGGACUUGGUUGGACGAGCACAGAGAAAAUGGUUCUUGAACUGGGGGAUAAUAAAUGAGACAUGCUUAUGUGA